AUGUCACUUCUGUUGACCUUUUUGCUGAAAGCCUUAAAGUUUCUCAAGACAAUGGCUCUGGUAGGUAUUUCAGUAGGAGUGCUUCUCUUAGCAGGCUUAUAUACUUAUCAGUCUUCAUUGAUAUAUCCAUCUUCAUUGAACGAUGGUCACGGUUAUUGCGCUACUCCAGACGAAUAUGACAUGCCCGACUACGAGCUGGUUAGCUUGAAGACAGAUGACGGUGAGUUAUUGCAAUGCUACCUGUUGAAACAUGACUCUCAUUCACCUACCUAUGCAAACAAAACAAUUUUAAUCUUAUCACCUAAUGCAGGGAAUAUUGGUCAUGCUUUACCAAUUGUGUCAAUGUUUUAUAAGAACUUUGGAUAUAAUGUGUUUAUAUACUCUUAUCGUGGGUAUGGGAAAUCUACUGGAAAGCCAUCUGAAGAAGGGUUGAAAAAAGACGCUCAAAGAGUUAUGAAGUACUUAACUAUUGAGGACACUCAAUUCCAGCGAUCGUCUAUAAUCUUAUACGGAAGGUCAUUAGGUGGUGCCGUUGCUAUAUAUAUAGCUGCCACCAUGUCAUCCUCGAUAAGUGGUAUUAUAUUGGAAAAUACGUUCUUGUCGAUAAGGAAAACGGUUCCACAUGUAUUUCCAUGGUUAAGGUUCUUUACGAGUUUUGUGCAUCAAAAAUGGGAGCUGGAAACGUUAGUACCUUUAAUCCCUAGGAGCGUCCCUUUGCUACUUCUAAGUGCUCGUAGUGAUGAAAUAGUUCCUCCGGAUCAUAUGGAUAAGAUUUAUGAACUUUCGAAGAGUGAAAACAAAGAGAUAUGUAAAUUCGAGAACUCUUUGCACAACGAUACCGUUAUACAGCCUGAAUACUGGGAUAUAGUUCACAACUUUAUAAAGGGCAAAGUCAAUCCGAUAGGGUAUUAG